AUGGCCGUGGUCUUUCAGAAAACGAUGCAUUUUGUGGAACUAAGCAGGAAAGUAGACCGCAGUUUGCUGAAUGGACUGAUCUGUUACAAACCCGAUGACCCCAUAGAAUUUUUGGAAAGCUGUUUACAGAAAGUGAAAGAACUGGGAGGAUCAGAGAAAGUGAAAUGGGACACUUUUGUUAGUCAAGAGAAGAGGACACUACCCCCGCUCAAUGGAGGACAAUCCAGAAGAUCCUUUUUUAGAAAUGUGAUGCCUGACAAUCCUAAUUUUCCAUAUCGACGCUAUGAUCGACUCCCUCCCAUCCAUCAGUUCUCCAUAGAAAGUGACACAGAUCUCUCUGAAACUGCUGAGUUAAUUGAGGAGUAUGAGGUAUUUGAUCCUACAAGACCUCGACCAAAAAUCAUCCUUGUCAUAGGUGGCCCAGGAAGUGGGAAAGGAACACAAAGUCUGAAAAUAGCAGAACGUUAUGGAUUUGAAUACAUAUCGGUUGGUGAAUUAUUAAGGAAGAAGAUCCAUAACACAAGCAGCAAUAGAAAAUGGAGCCUGAUUGCUAAAAUAAUUACCACUGGAGAACUGGCCCCGCAGGAAACAACUAUAACUGAGAUAAAGCAGAGAUUAAUGCAGAUCCCUGAUGAAGAAGGUAUUGUUAUUGAUGGAUUUCCAAGAGAUGUUGCCCAGGCAAUCUCAUUUGAGGACCAGAUUUGCACCCCAGAUCUUGUGGUGUUUUUGGCCUGUUCCAACCAGCGGCUGAAAGAAAGGUUAUUGAAACGUGCUGAACAGCAGGGGAGACCUGAUGAUAACCUCAAAGCCACCCAGAGGCGAUUAACGAAUUUCAAACAGAACGCUGUCCCAUUGGUCAAAUAUUUCCAGGAAAAAGGGCUAAUCAUCACAUUUGAUGCAGAUAGAGAUGAAGAGGAAGUGUUCUAUGACAUAAGUUUGGCCGUCGACAAUAAGAUAUUUACUCACAAAGAGGCCAUGGCAGGAUCAAAUGAACUUGAUCGCAGUCUGAUUAUGGAUUCUGGAGAUAUGCUGGAUACUGAAUUUGACUUUGAAGAUCAGGCAGAUGACCAGUCAAGUUUCUCUGGAUAUGAGAAUACAGGAGGUUUUACAGGAGAUUUGAGGCAAUCAACCAUCAUUUUUGUAAUUGGUGGCCCGGGCUCGGGAAAAGGAACCCAGUGUGAACAGUUAGCACAAAAGUAUGGAUUUGUACAUCUGUCCAUUCAUGAUCUUCUCCAACAAGAAUCGUCCUCAUUAUCAGAGAGGAGCAAAUUGAUCAAAGACAUCCUGGAAUGUGGGGAGCAGGUGCCUGGAGAUAUUAUUUUGGAGCUAAUGAAGGAAGCUAUGAUGACCAGUUUAGGAGAGACAAAAGGAUUUCUGAUUGAUGGCUAUCCCCAAGAGGUGAAACAAGCAGAAGAGUUUGAAGAAAUGGUUGGGGAGCCAAAACUUGUGCUCUGCAUGGACUGCUCCGCUGAGACUAUGAGCAGUCGCCUUUUGACAAAAAGUCAGAGCUAUGAGUGCUUUGAUGAUAAUGCUGAAACUAUCCGGCAGCAAAUUGAAAUAUAUUACCAAGCAACAGAGCCUGUGAUUGCAUAUUACGAAAAGAAGACACAGUUAUGCAAGAUAAAUGCCGAAGGAACACCAGAGGAGGUUUUUCUUCAAGCCUGCACUUCGGUUGAUCUUUUUCUGAAAAAGGAAGAAGCAGCCUCUUCUUUUUCAGCAGAAAUACAGUAAUGGUGUACAGCAUUUCAUUUCACAUGCGCACUUGACAGUUCUGACUAAAAUGCUGUUCAAAGCAAUACCUGCUGUCAUGAGAGGUAUCUGGAAUUAGUGCAUGUGCUAUUUAAUGUGAUUUCGAAGGCUUUAUUUUAUCCAUAUGUAUACAGUACACUAAAUAUAAAAUGGUAUCUAUGCUAAAACAAUACAAAGUACUGUAUAUUGUUUAUCAACUUGUUUGCACUUCACAGGUUUAAAACAGCAUGGUGAACAGCAGGUCCAGUUUAUAUUCACGCCUUCAUGUAUCUGACUAUAACCAGAGGUGUUGCAGUUAAUGUUGAGCUCCUUCAACUUAACCAAGUUAGUUGCCACAUGAAACUGCAGGAUUGUUGCAUAACAAUACUCAUACCUUUUUUCCCCUCUUAAUUAAUUAGUGCUUUUCAUUUCUGUGCCAACACUUAGCUUGUUCUUAAUUCAUAGUUGUUGAAUUUAUUCCUUGCCAUUUUGCUUAAUGCUGGAACAUACCUGUAAUUUGUCAAAAUAAUUUAUACAGAGCUAUGGAAACUGAACACACUUUUGAUGCUUCCCAAAAAUACUGUAAAUGAAGUGAGCAAAAAACAAACUGAAUGUGAAGAAAUUAGCUAAUACUCUACAGGUCUGUCCAUCUAUUGGCAGGAGGCAGACAUAACUAAAAAAAGCUUUGCCUUGCUGUUAGUUUUCAGCACGUUGUAACAAUGAUUUUCUAAUUAUAUGCGUGUGGUGGGGGAAGGGGGCAGUAAAUACAGUGACUGAAAGUACUGGUGCAAUUCAAAGUGCAAGCAGAUGAUUUCCAUGCUAAUAACGGUAGUUUUCAUUGUUAAAAAUUAGAUAUUGAGCAACAGCCAGGAAGUACGAAAGUUAAGCAAUUUAAUCAUUAAAUCAUACUCUGGAAGUAUUUCAAGCAUAAAGUUCAGUUGCAGAUCAUCAUCUGUUGUCUUUUAGCAGCAUUGCCAAAGCUUGAAAGUGACAGGCCAAAAAUAUAUACAGUAAAAAGAGAGAGAAAAUGUUGGGGAUUGUGCAACUUGCAGCAUAUCCUGUAUUUAACAACCCACUUUUCCAAAAUAUCUGCACAAAAUUAUGUGAAACCCUAUUUUACAUCCAUUUAGUUAAAAUAUUUUUUAUGCCACAGACAGCCAAAUAAAAGCUUAUUUGACAUUUUUGUGAAGUAACUGUAUCUUCCUACUAGACCACUGGACUAGUCCACAGUUAGAAGUGAUUGCAUGACUGAUCUUUCUGUCAACAGUUGUACUUUAAAUGAGUAUUUAUGGGACAGAUUUGUAUUUUUAAAGUUACUUUUCUUGUAAUGAAGACAUAAUACAAAAUAAAAUGAAUGGACAAACAAAGAGAAGUAUUUUGUUGCAGUGCAUAUAAGUUUAGUUUCGCUGAAAGUACAAUAAAACAGAUUGCUGUAAAGUAUAAUAAAUGAAAUUAAUAAGUUACACAAACAUGAUUUUUUACUUAAAGAAGAUUCUCCUGUUUUUGUUUUACUUCUACUACAGUGAAUGGUUCAAAUAUUUACUAAAGACAGCUUUAGACUUGCUCUCAUCUUUUAAUUGUGGAUGGCCUUGCUUUCUUGAUUUUGUUUUUUUUAAACACAAAUUAAGCUUUACUGCUGACACCAAGCAAAAUGCUAGACAGACAGACAGACAGACAUCAUACUCUGCUAGCUAGUUCAAUGUCUAACAAACCACUUUUUGAAAAAAGAAAGUUCUCUCUAUCCAUUCAAAGAUCCUUUCAGCUUACAUUUAAACCUGCAGGCGCUAGUGCCAAUCCUCUUACGCUAGUUCUCCAUUAAUUAAAAUAGUCUGAAAUAAUCAUGAGGAUACGAAUUAUUCUGAGCAGAACCACAUCUAGAUACUUCCAGUAAUUUUAUGGGCUAUUUCUCAUUAGAAUGAUAAUUCAAAUUUAUGGAAUGGAUUGUUUCCAUUCCCAAAGGACAGUGGCAAAAGUCAAUUGUCAAUUUUUAAUUCUAGAAGUCAAUUACAAUUUUAGUUAGUUCUCACAAGUCCCCUUCAAGCUAAUUAAUGUAAAAAAUACUACAUACAUGUGUGAUAAUUUUUUUCAUUCAAGAAUUAUGAUUAACUGGAACAUGUUAAAAGCUCAUCAGAAAAGAAGGAUACCACCACAGAUUUUGUCUCUGGUAUUUACUCCUCCAAGAAGCUGCUUCUUUACCAAGGGUGCGACUUCUGGAGAAGGGUGAUCUUCUGUGUUUUUACAGAAGAGUGUCUGUCUUGCAACAAAUCUCUUUUGUUUGUCAUUAAAAAGUGAAAUACAUCUGGUGAAUUUUUAUAUUAUAUUUCUUUAGGUUUAUUAAAUUUCUCAAAGUAUAUGAGAUGCUUACAGAUGAUGUAUUACAUCACUCAGUGUUUUAGUAACUGUGCUAUAUUAUCUACUAAUAUAUUAAGUGCUUACACCUUUUCUCUGAAACAAAAAUGAUUACACCUAGAUAAAUUAUGAAAAUUAACACUGUAAUCAAGCUACAAGUAAAAUUAUUGUCAAAUGCAACCCACCAAUUAACGUUCUUAUUGCCAUACUUUUCAGCUAAUGUGUUCCUUCUGUAUUCUAAUCACUCUGAAAUUCAAGUCUGUGUGCGAGUGGAAAUCUAUUACAGUUAAAAAUGAUCACUGUUUCUGAAUCACAAGCUAUACAUUUCAUUAAAAAAGAUAUAUUAGCUAAAAGUAUAUCACAAUAAUUACAAAGCUGCUCAGACAUCAGUACAUCUUUAGGCUAAUACACUGAAGUUGCUAAAAUGUCUUCCUUUAGUCAGGAGUGGACACAGGGGGAUGACAGUAUGGUAUAACAUACAAGAAACUGAGGACCUAAUCCUACAAGAGGCUGAGCACAGUCUAUAAGGAGCAAAGUACCUUCAACUCCUAUUGAAUCAAAAGUAGUUGAGGGCACUGAGUACCUUUGCAUGGUUGAGCCUUUUAAAUAUUCAUAUGACCUAUUAUAACGUACUUUUUUCUAUUGUUAAUGUCGGUUAAAAAGUCAAAAUCUACACAAAAAGGAAAUCACAGCAAGCAUUCUAUAUAUAAACAGACUGUAUCCACAUAUUUUAUUUCUCACAGUUCUCCUGACAAUUGAACAUUAUUUAAGAACAUACUGUAUACACAGAUAAGAAGAAACAUACAAAAUGUUUUAAAUGAUGCACAACAAAAUCCAGCAGUAUAAAAGAAUGCAUGUGAACCCUUGCUCACUGCUCAGGCUAAAUUUAAUCACUUGUUUAAAUAGUAAUAAAAAUACAAUCUUUCAUGGAUCUUGUGCAGACUACAAAAGAGGAAAAUUAUUACCAUAUAUAUGAUUUAUAGUAGGCAGUUUUCUUUGAUGAGUUGCACUAACAACUCCAAAUACAGAGGCAGAAGGCUGUGUAUUUUAUUUUAAAGGAGUUAAUGUUGAGUAUUAGAGACUUUACACAGUUACUACCACUGGCACUUUUCACCAUAUUUUGUACACAUCACAUGAUCAUCUUAUAUAACAUUACAUUUAAAAAAUAUAUCUGAGUGACAAUUUUAUAACAUUCACACACCAUGAGCUGGUUAAGGAAGCAAUGACACAGUUGCCUCCUGUAGUGCUUCACUGUUGGUAAAUAGAGUUCAUUGUGGUUAAAAAAAAA